AGACAAAUACUAUGUUGUUUAAAUUUUCGCUGGUGACUUUGAUAGUUUUGGUUGGCAGCGUUAGCUGCUUUCCUGAAAGUCGUGUUGUAAAUGGUACCGCUACUGAUAUUACAAAGUAUCCGUUUAUGGUGUCAUUGCGUAGUGCUAGUGGAUCUCAUUCCUGCGGAGCCAGUAUUAUAGCUCCACGUUGGAUUUUAACCGCUGCCCAUUGUGUCAGUGGACGCUUGCCUAGUCAACUUAGUAUACAAUAUGCUUCAACUUUAAUAAGUGCCAAUGACACAAACGUUGUUAACGUAACUCGUAUUAUUAUGCAUGAAGGUUACGCUCCCGCCAAAUCUUAUGCCAAUGAUAUUGCUUUGUUGGAAUUGAAACAAUCACUUGUUUACAAUUACAAGACAAUUGCUCCAGUUACAUUACCCGAUUCAUUCUUUGAAGUUCCCCAAACUAAAGAGGGCGCUCCUGGUGUCUUAGCUGGUUGGGGUUUAAAUGCUACUGGUGGUUACAUCCAAAAGAACUUGCAGGAAGUGAACUUGAAAAUUUACUCGGAUGAAGAGUGCAAGUCCAGACAUAAAGGUGAUACAACAGCUGAUCAAAUUUGUGGUGGUGUUGAUGAGGGUGGUAAGGGUCAAUGUUCCGGUGACUCUGGUGGUCCUUUGUUUUAUAAGGGUUCCGUACAAUUGGGUAUUGUUUCUUGGAGUAUUAAGCCUUGUGCCGUGGCUCCUUAUCCCGGAGUUUACACAAAGGUUUCUCAUUACAUUGACUGGAUUUACAACCACAUGAAAUGAGUUUUAAAUAUAUAAAAUACGAAUUUCAAUAAA